GUGGAAGAGAGUAAAGGGCUGUUGUUAAACAGUUUCUUACCAUAAGAGGGAGUUCAGACCUAGAUCUUUCCAGUUAAUCACACAACAAACUUAGCUCAUCGCAAUAAAAAGCUGCUCAGAGGCGACUGGUUCUUUUAGGCACUGAGUCGGAACAGGCUUCUCUCAGCCAGGCAUCUCGUCCAGUGGGAUCCGCCAGCGCGUCCGGCAGCACCAUGUGGGGGACCAAACUUCUGCCAGUCCUGCUCCUGCAGCAUGUCCUCCUCCAUCUCCUUCUGCUUCCCAUCGCCAUCCCCUAUGCAGAAGGACAGAAGAAAAGAAGAAACACACUUCAUGAAUUCAAAAAGUCAGCAAAGACUACUCUAAUUAAAGAAGACCCAUUACUGAAGAUAAAAACAAAAAAAAUGAACACUGCAGACCAAUGUGCCAAUAGAUGUAUUAGGAAUAAAGGACUUCCAUUCACUUGCAAGGCUUUUGUUUUUGAUAAAGCAAGGAAACGAUGCCUCUGGUUCCCUUUCAAUAGCAUGACAAGUGGAGUGAAAAAAGAGUUUGGUCACGAAUUUGAUCUCUAUGAAAACAAAGACUACAUUAGAAACUGCAUCAUUGGUAAAGGAGGUAGCUACAAGGGAACCGUAUCUAUCACUAAGAGUGGCAUCAAAUGCCAGCCCUGGAAUUCCAUGAUCCCACAUGAACACAGCUUUUUGCCUUCGAGCUAUCGGGGUAAAGACCUACAGGAAAACUACUGUCGAAAUCCUCGAGGGGAAGAAGGGGGACCUUGGUGUUUCACAAGCAAUCCAGAGGUACGCUACGAAGUCUGUGACAUUCCUCAGUGUUCAGAAGUUGAAUGCAUGACCUGCAAUGGGGAAAGUUAUCGAGGUCCCAUGGAUCAUACAGAAUCAGGCAAGAUUUGUCAGCGCUGGGAUCAUCAGACACCACACCGGCACAAAUUCUUGCCAGAAAGAUAUCCCGACAAGGGCUUUGAUGAUAAUUAUUGCCGCAAUCCUGAUGGCAAGCCCAGGCCAUGGUGCUAUACUCUUGACCCUGACACCCCCUGGGAGUACUGUGCAAUUAAAAUGUGUGCUCACAGUACUAUGAAUGACACAGAUGUCCCUAUGGAAACAACUGAAUGCAUUCAAGGUCAAGGAGAAGGUUACCGGGGCACCAUCAAUACUAUUUGGAAUGGAAUUCCAUGUCAGCGUUGGGAUUCCCAGUAUCCUCACCAGCAUGACAUAACUCCUGAAAAUUUCAAGUGCAAGGACCUAAGAGAAAAUUAUUGCCGAAAUCCAGAUGGAGCUGAAUCACCCUGGUGUUUUACCACUGAUCCAAACAUCCGAGUUGGCUACUGCUCCCAAAUUCCAAAAUGUGAUGUGUCAAGUGGACAAGAUUGUUAUCGUGGGAAUGGCAAAAAUUAUAUGGGCAGUUUAUCCAAAACCCGAUCUGGACUAACAUGUUCAAUGUGGGAGAAGAACAUGGAAGACUUGCACAGGCAUAUCUUCUGGGAGCCAGAUGCUAGUAAGCUGAAUAAGAAUUACUGCCGGAAUCCUGAUGAUGAUGCCCAUGGUCCCUGGUGUUACACAGGAAAUCCUGUCAUUCCAUGGGAUUAUUGUCCUAUUUCUCGUUGUGAAGGUGAUACCACACCUACAAUAGUCAAUUUAGACCAUCCUGUAAUAUCUUGUGCCAAAACAAAACAAUUACGAGUUGUAAAUGGAAUUCCAACGCGAACUAAUGUAGGAUGGAUGGUUAGUUUGAAAUACAGAAAUAAACAUAUCUGUGGAGGAUCAUUGAUAAAGGAAAGUUGGAUUCUUACUGCAAGACAAUGUUUCCCUUCUCGAAACAAAGACUUGAAGGAUUAUGAAGCUUGGCUUGGGAUUCAUGAUGUCCACGGAAGAGGUGACGAGAAACGCAAACAGGUUCUAAAUGUUUCCCAGCUGGUAUAUGGGCCUGAAGGAUCAGAUCUGGUAUUACUGAAGCUUGCUAGGCCUGCUGUCCUGGAUGAUUUUGUUAGUACAAUUGAUUUACCUAAUUAUGGAUGCACCAUUCCUGAAAAAACUACUUGCAGUGUUUAUGGCUGGGGUUAUACUGGAUCCAUCACCUCUGAUGGUCUAUUACGAGUAGCACAUCUCUAUAUUAUGGGAAAUGAGAAAUGCAGCCAAUACCAUCAAGGGAAGGUGACUCUGAAUGAGUCUGAAAUAUGUGCUGGAGCUGAAAAUAUUGUAUCAGGACCAUGUGAGGGAGAUUAUGGUGGCCCACUUGUUUGUGAACAACAUAAAAUGAGAAUGGUUCUUGGUGUCAUUGUUCCCGGUCGUGGAUGUGCCAUUCCAAAUCGUCCUGGCAUUUUUGUCCGAGUAGCAUAUUAUGCAAAAUGGAUACACAAAAUUAUAUUAACGUAUAAGAUACCACAGUCAUAGCUGAUGUAACUGUGUCUGAAUCUUCCGUCAAUAGAAUUCUCUUUUACCUGAAGAUUUCAGAGAACAUGGAAUUAAAAUGUCACUUAAAGCAAUCCUAAGACAACUACUUGAGUGUCAUGUUUGUUAAGAUACUCAUUAAUAUUUAUGGGUGUUUUCUGUUGUUUUGUUUGUCAGUGUUAUUUUGUAAAUGUUGAAGUGAAUUAAGGUACAUGCAAGUGUAGUAACAUAUCUCCUGAAGAUACUUGAAUGGAUUAAAAACUGCAAAGGUAUAAUUGCUGGAUGAUAAAAGAUUUAAUGGAAAAGUUCAAUUAAUCUCUACGCUGCUUUCCAAAGUUAGUUUAUGAAUAAACCAUAAGUUAAACAUUAUUUUAACCUCACAAAGACAAUUUAUGCCUUUGUCCUUAAGUUGUAACUCUGUAUUAAAUUAUAUUACCUUUCAUAUACCAUACAUUAUAUUUCAUUCAUUCCUCCUCACUGUGUAUCCUCUAAUACUGGUCUACAUCCUUUCUACAAAAUUAUGUGCCCAUCUAUGCAGACCUUGGUACACAUGUGCAUGCACUAGAGUUCAAAUCAUGGUAUAUCUAAUGUAACCUCUAAAUAUUCUGAAAGUGUGUACCUGUAGUUUUUCCUUAAGAGAAAAAUAGAAAUUUUUAAAGACCAGUAGAAAUUUUAAGGAAAGGUGCAAGAUAGAAGUGACCAGCUCAUUCUCUAUAUGUAAUCUGCAGAUGACCUCUACUGGUUGACAUUUAAGGUGUGGUCAUGACCCACAAAGUUAAGUAACACCAAAUCUAGGUGUUUAAAUAUAUUUAUCAUCCUAGUCAUCUUGUAGUUUCUAAUUCUUAAAGGGAAGAGGGUAAUAUGUGUAUUAGUAUUAUUUCUUUCCUUCAAAUUUAGGGACCUUAUUUAUGUAAGAUAUUUUUAGAUCUACUUUCCUGAAGUAUUUUCUUUAUUAUUCUUACGUAAUUGUCCAAUUGAAGCUUAAAAAAUUAUUUAAGUAGGUUAAUUCUAAGACUUGCUGCUGUGAUUGGCUUGAGGUCAUCGUCUUUAAAUUUUUAAAAAUUAUUUCAGAGGAAAAUUUCCAUAUGUCCCCAAAGAUUUGUAAAUGGACUUUCAUCAAACUAUGAAUUAAAGUAUAUGUUGAAGAAAAAAAAA